AUGUUUGCUCCAUGGGGAAUUCAUAUGCAUUUUCCUUUUCUCUUCUCAGAUUCUCAACUAGAGUCAUCAGUGUCGGAGCUUCUUCCACUCAAAGUCAAGGACCUUCCAGUGAUCAACACUCGGAACCCAGAAGAUUUUUAUCAAUUAUUUGUUAGCGCGAUCAAAGAAACCAAGGCUUCCCCCGGGCUAAUCUGGAACUCCUUCGAAGAUCUUGAAGAAUCUGCACUUGUCAGACUUCACCAAGAUUAUCUUAUCUCAUUGUUCCCAGUAGGCCCAUUUCAGAAAUACUUCCCAACCUCUUCAAGUAGUUUACUAGCACAUGACCACAGUUCCAUUACCUGGCUAGACACACAAACACCUAAAUCUGUGAUCUAUGUGAGCUUUGGGAGUAUUGCGACAAUGGAUGAGAAUGAAUUUCUGGAGAUGGCUUGGGGGCUAGCCAACAGCAAUCAGCCCUUCUUGUGGGUGGUUCGACCAGGGUUAAUCCGUAGUUAUGAAUGGCUUGAAUCACUGCCAAACGGGUUCCUUGAGAUGAUAGGUGGAAGGGGACAUAUUGUGAAAUGGGCUCCUCAACAAGAAGUUCUUGCUCAUCCCGCCACGGGAGGGUUUUGGACUCAUAAUGGAUGGAAUUCCACGUUGGAGAGUAUUUGUGAAGGGGUUCCAAUGAUUUGUCUGCCUUAUUCUGGGGACCAAAGGGUGAACGCGAGGUAUGUGAGCCAAGUUUGGGGAGUUGGGUUGCAAUUAGAGAGUGGGUUGGAGAGAGGGGAGAUAGAGAGAACAAUCAGAAGACUUAUGGUGGAGGAAGAAGGGCAGGAAAUUAGACGUAGAAGCAUUGAGUUGAAGGAGAAGGCAGACUUGUGUCUAAAGCAAGGUGGUUCUUCACACCAAUCCCUCGAGAGCUUGAUUAGUUACCUCUCAUCUUUCAAGGGACUCCUUCAUAAUUAA